AUGCACCGGCCCCCGCCCGCCGAAGGAAAUGACUUGGAAGAGCUAUUAGGGGAGGAACCUCUACCCCCCCUUCCGCUUCCUUCACCGAAUGUCCAUGUAUGGCCCGAUGAAAAGGCGGCUGCUUUUUGCGCACUUACUCCUCCCUUGGAAACAUUUAUGGUGGUGCCGGAUGAAAUUCGCCGUGACCAAUUUUUCCAUACCGCCCGCCAAGAUGACAUGCUAAUUGGAUAUGUCAGCGCCAUCCAAGAUUCUGGCUUAAUAAUCACCCUGCUGGCCUAUGACCAGGGUCCGAGGAGAGACUUCGAUCAUCUGAAGUUGACCGGUUUCUGUCCGGUCAGGCAAUUGCCAAGAUACGCUGCGCAUGGGAAUGCUUUAGACGCCUUCCAGAUUGGAGAUAAGGUCCGAGCCUUUAUCUUAGACGUUCAUCACUCCGGCCGUCUUAUUUUAAGCAUGAACCCAAAGGCCAUGAAUCGCGAUUUGUACGGUGAUCUGAAGCUCGGCGUAAUUUCGGACGAGGACUUACCGUUGCACUUUAAAAAACUGCAAAAUCUAGACGGAAAGACAUUUGAACAGUGCCUCGAAAGCACACCACAGUUCCGCAACCCAGAUGGCCUACGAGUCCUCUGUUCUCGGUUCGGAAUCCCACGUGCAUCGGCCUGUAGUCUUCUCCUCUCAAUGUCUAAGUAA